UUAAGUUUAUUUAAAAAAACUCGUGUUGCCAAUAAAAUUCACUUGUUCGUGCAAUUGCGUUUUUACCGACGGCAAAUAUGCAGGCUACAAAAAUGCGCAAUCCUUUUGCCAUACAAGAAAUUCUUGGUUUAGGCUCUGCUGCUGCUGCAGCAAGCUAUCAACAGGCACAAGUACUAAACCAUCAUCAGCAAUUACCCUUACCUUUGCCUUUACAUCAUCAUCAUCAGCAUCAUCAACAACAACAACAGCAGCAACAUCAAUCGUCGCAAUCGCAACAACACAAUCAACAGCAGCAGCAACAACAACAACAACAACAACAACAGCAAUUGCAUUCUUCACGUUUAAGCACUGCCUCACCACCCACCGCUGCCACCCCAACCGAUUGUAAUGCAGCGCCUAUGUCACCUGCCUCAUCGCAUGGCGGCAGACCACCACGUGAUUCACGUUCAAUCUCACCCGAUGUGACACGUUUGUCAGCGGCUGCUGCAGCGGCUGCCGCUGCUGCUCAUUGCCAGUUACCUGUAUUUAAUCCGGCAAACUUUUAUGCAGCAGCCGGAUAUGCCGAUCAUGCAGGGCAGCUUAAUGCAGCGGCUCAUCAUCAUCACAUGACCACAUUAGCCGCUGCAGCUUACUUACGCGGUUUUUUGCCGCCGGGCUUUAGUACACCGCAUGAAUUUCGUGGUCACUUCCAGCAACACUUCGGCAGUCAAUUUGGUGAACAAACAUCACGUGGCGCACAGGACUAUUCAAAUAGCCUGAACAGCAAUAGCGAUGAACAAUCACCAAGUAAAACAAAUUCCAGCAGCAGUUCAGGCAGCAAUGCACAUAUAUCCGCCACCAAUGGUAAUAGUAUCAAUAGUGGCACUAGUAAUGGUGGUGUAGGGCCGAAUGCCUCAUCGCCACCUACACGCCCAACACUCUCACCCGCCGAACAUGCUGCCGCCGCACUAGCACAUCAUGCAGCGGCAGCAGCAGCAGCACAUCAUGCACAACAUCAACACCACCAUCCACACCAUAAUCCGCAUCAUCCACAUCAUCCCCAUCAUCCUGGUGCACCGCACGAGGCAUUUUUAAAUGGUGCCGCCGCAGCAGCUGCCAUCGGAAGUGGUAUGGCUGGUGGUGGUGGUCAUCCGAAUAGUUUUGCUAGUGAUGGCAGUCUGGUUGGUCCAGGUGGUAGUAGUAAAAAAAAGAAUAAACGUCGUCAUGGGCGUACCAUUUUUACGAGCAAUCAAUUGGAGGAAUUGGAAAAAGCAUUUAAAGAAGCACAUUAUCCCGAUGUGAGUGCACGUGAAUUGCUGUCGAUGAAAACGGGUUUGGCCGAAGAUCGUAUACAGGUUUGGUUUCAAAAUCGUCGAGCAAAAUGGCGUAAAACGGAAAAAUGUUGGGGUCAUAGCACAAAAAUGGCUGAAUAUGGUCUCUAUGGUGCAAUGGUUCGUCACUCGUUGCCACUACCAGAAACAAUUCUGAAAUCGGCAAAAGAAGACGAAUCCGUUGCUCCUUGGCUCCUGGGCAUGCACAAGAAAUCACUAGAAGCAGCAGACAUCUUAAAAUCAGAUGAAAGUGAUCGCGAAACGCCAACUUCCGAUGAUACCAACACUUCAUACUCAGCGGGUAGUACACAUAACUCACCCAUAUCUUCAUUUUCCAUCUCAAGAUUACUUUUCGAUGCACCUGCCAAGCAUAAACAGGUACAUGGUGCUGGUGCACUUGGUCCAAAUGAUUAUGCUGGAUUAAAUGGUAAUCCAGAGCAUGUACUCUCACAACAUCAUCCCUAUAAUCAACAGCAGCACCUACACCAUGUACAUCACUUGCAACAAUUGCACCAACAACAGCAGCAACAUGCAGAAGCACAACGUAGACAUCAGCAACAUCAACAGCAGCAACAAUUGUUGGCUGAAGCUGAGAUGCAACGCCUUAGAGAAAGUUCGGCAGCCAAACAGGCACAGGAACAUGAAAAUAGAGAAGCCGAACAGGAUGAUGAUGAUGAAUGUGAUAAAGAAGAAAUCGAUAUAUGUUGUGAUGAUGAUGAGGAUAAUGAAGAAAAGCUUACGAUGAAUGCCAAUGAACAAGCCAAACGAAUUAAGGAAGAGCGACGACAGGAAAUGACGGAAAAUAGAUGAAAUUUAUUUGUUGAUGUUUUAUUGUAAAAAAGUUGCAUAUAAAACAGUU